UUACCUGAAGCCAGGAGCUGAAUGGCCUCUGUUGCAGCAGUGAAAACUGAGAAGCGGCCUGCAGCUGAUUCUCAGGAUGCAGAGUCAAACGCUAAAAAGCCCAGGAAACUGCUGCCCAGCCUGAAGACUAAGCGAGCCCCCGAGCUUGUCCUGGUGAUUGGCACGGGGGUGAGCUCUGCGGUGGCUCCGCAGGUCCCUGCUCUCCGCUCUUGGAAGGGGCUCAUCCAGGCCCUCCUGGACGCCGCCAAUGACUUUGACCUGCUGGAGGAGGAGGAGAGCCGGCGGUUCCAGAAGCACAUGCAGGAGGAUAAGAAUUUGGUGCAUGUGGCCCAUGACCUCAUUCAGAAACUUUCUCCGAGGACGGGAAACGUGCGCUCCACGUUCUUCAAAGACUGCCUGUACGAGGUGUUCGACGACUUGGAGUGCAAGAUGGAGCACGCCGGGAAGCACCUCCUGCAGUCGGUGCUGCAGCUGAUGGAGAGCGGCGCGCUGGUGCUCACCACCAACUUCGACAACCUGCUGGAGAUCUACGCGGCCCACCAGGGCACCAAGCUGGAGUCUUUAGACCUGACGGAUGAGAAGAAGGUGUUGGAGUGGGCUCAGGAGAAGCGGAGGUUAAGCGUCCUGCACAUCCACGGCGUCUACACGAACCCCUGUGGCAUUGUGCUGCACCCUGCUGGCUACCAGAACGUACUGAGGAACACUGAGGUUAUGCGCGAGAUCCAGAAGUUGUACGAGACCAAAUCCUUCGUGUUCCUAGGCUGCGGACGCACGGUGGACGACACGACUUUUCAGGCUCUGUUCCUGGAGGCGGUCAAACACAAGUCGGACCUGGAGCACUUCAUGCUGGUGCGGCGGGAGGACGUGGGCGAAUUCAAGAAGCUGCGCGACAACAUGCUGGACAAGGGCAUCAAGGUCAUCUCCUACGGCGACGAGUACGCCGACCUGCCCGAGUACUUUGAGAGGCUGGCCAACGAGAUCUGCAACCGCGACGCGUCCACCAACGGCUGGGGGUCACCUUCACAAAACGCAGAGGAACAGCAGAACGGCUUCAGCGCACAGAAAAACCUCCUCCAGGGCUAGGACCAGACGCCGCUCCUUCGCUCCGAGAAGCCCCGCCACUCUUUUUAGACUUUUUUUCCCAGAAUAACACACUAAAAACUCUGCCCCUAACCCGUGUUUCCUUACUGCACGGAAACUGUCUGGAGGAGCAAAAGCUGUGACAGAACAUUUUCUCUCUCACAUCAUCCUCGUGUGUGUAUAUACAUUCCACAGUGGGUGGAAACUUUGGGAUGGGUUUCUUCUUCGGCUUGUGCUGGGUCUAGUUCACUAAGUGCUAUUUAGCGUGAUGUUUUCUUAGAUGAUUCCCGGGUGACCUAAAAGCUGUCAAGCGUUUCUCUGCUGCUCGUUUUAUUUCGUCUGAAUGAGUUACGAUAAAUCUGCCAACGCCAAAACCAAAACGACCUCGACGCCCGUUUCCCCAACACUAAUGUGCUGCAGAGACGCCGACGCUUGUGGAAGCUAACUGCUAGCGCGCUACAGUCUGAGGACACACUGUUCUCACGUCAGACCCGACUAAACUCGUAGUUCUUGUGUUCAGAUGUUAAUUUGGAUCUGAAUUUCUGACACGAGGUCACCUCGACAUACCUUCCCCGUUCUAGCUCCAAGGCGCAGCAGGAGGUCCUGACUGAAAACAAACCUCGCGUUGAUGGAUUGACUCCUUGGGGCUGAAGCCAGUCACCAGAACGAUUAAGGAAAAGGGGAUGGGUGGAAUAUCAUUCUUCAGAAUAUGACAGGUAAAUGAGUUUGUGUUACGUAAAAAACAGGUCAGCAGAGUGUUUUGUCAUAGGAGUUCAGCCACCCUGCCUGCAGCAACCCCUUUGCUAAAAAACAAAGUGUUCUUUGUAAACUUUAUUUUUUAAAUGUAUUUUUAAAACCUGAAUGUCUUUCUGACGUUAGUUAUUUAUAUGAACCAUUUCCAGUAAAAAAAUAAUAAAAUAAAGCUUUUGGUAUCCCACUCA